AUGGGCCUAAAGCAGCAGCCGUGGACGCUGAGGGACGGCUGCGACGCUCGCGUGCGCGCCUCGUUCGCGGAGCUGGUUGGCUGCGCGCCAGCGGAGGUGGCGUUGUGGGGGCCCGACCCAUCCACGUCCUUCGCCAUCUCCACGGCGGCGCGCGCGGUGGCGUUGCGCACGCAGCGCGACGACGUGGGGCUCAUCCUGGAGGACCAGAUGUCCUCCAACGUCUACCCCUGGCAGCAGCUGCAGCAGACGCACGGGCUCGCGCUGGAGGCGGUGCCGCGGCCAGCCGACGGGAACUGGACGCGGGCGCUGCUGUCGCGGCUCGCGGCGCUGGAGGCUGCAGGGCGCCGCGUGGUGGUCGUCGCGGUGCCCGUGUACCUCUGGACGGACGGCUCCGGCCCCGUGGACGUGGCCGCGCUGUCCGAGGUGUGCAGGGACCCAGGCAGGCGCACCCGCACGGUGUUGGUCGUCGACGGGACGCAGUCGCUCGGCGCAGUGCCCUUCGACGUUCGGCGGACGCCCGUCGACUUCCUCGCUGCCUCUGUGCACAAGUGGCUGUUCGGCGCCUACGGCCUCGCCUGCAUGUACGCCGCGCGCGAGUGGCAGGAGCGACCCAGAGCUGCAUCCGCUGGUGCAGGACGAGCACCCCAGGAUCCCUCAAAAUGGCCAGCGGAGACGACGAGGUUCCCUUCGACCUGGCGCUGCCCGGGUACCCCGCCGCGUUCCAGCCGGGGGCCCGCCGGUUCGACGGCGGCGGCAGGCCGAACCCCAUCCUGCAGCCCAUGGCGGCCGACGGCCUGGAGAUGGUCCUCGAGUGGGGGCCGGCCUGGGUCGCCGCCAGCCUGGCGCCCCUCACGGCCAGGAUCCGGUCGCGGUGCCAGGCCCGGCGGCGCCCCUCCACGCGCCACAUUUCGUCGGCAUCGGGCCCGGCGAGGAAGACGGCUGCGGGUCCCCAGAGGAUGGGUCUCCGCGUGGGUGUCCGAGGCGGCGCGCUUCCUGAAGCAGCGGGGCGUCCACGUCUCCGCGCGGCUGAAGGUCCUGAGGGUCGCCCCGCACGUGUACACAGGCCCUGCCGACGCGGACCGGUUCACGGACGCCCUGGCCGCCUUCGUGAGGCAGCGCCGCGGUGGCAGGUCGUCUCGCUUGUGA